CUUGCUUGAAUUAUUAUAAAAGGGGGACUUGUCUGACGAUGAGCAUCCUUUUUUUUCUUGUUACUUUUUAUCAAGUUUCUACAUUCUAUACAAACAUGACUGGUCGCGGUAAAGGUGGAAAAGGUCUCGGAAAGGGAGGUGCCAAGCGUCAUCGCAAGAUUCUUCGUGAUAACAUCCAAGGUAUUACCAAGCCUGCUAUUCGUCGUCUCGCUCGUCGUGGUGGUGUGAAGCGUAUCUCUGGUCUCAUCUACGAAGAAACCCGUGGUGUCCUCAAGGUCUUCUUGGAAAACGUUAUCCGUGAUGCCGUCACUUACACUGAACACGCCAAGAGAAAGACUGUUACUUCCCUCGAUGUCGUCUAUGCUUUGAAGCGACAGGGCCGCACCCUCUACGGUUUCGGCGGUUAAGCACCCUCCAUCAACAAACCUACUUGUUGCUAUUUACCAAUUUCCAUUGACUUCCCUCUUUUCUCAAGCUCCUUUUUUUCUAUUUCCUCUGAAAAAAACAGAUUACUGUCUCUUUUUUUUUAAUUUGGCGUGUCUAUUUCCCGUUCAUUAGCAUUCGUCUUUGUACAUAGCUUUAGCUUCUUUCUAUCGCUUGAAUAUCGAUUUUUUAAAUACAAUCUCUUUCAACACAAAAAAAAGCAAACUUGACACGUUUUUUAUUUACAUGAAAAUGUGAGGAAAAAAAAGAUGGGGAAAUUCUGAGCGUGAUAUGACGGAACGGCG